AUGUCUUCAUCACAGCUUGAUUUGCCUCCAAUUUAUCAAUUUCCUCCAUUAUUUACAAGACAACCAAAUAAAACAAUAAGGAAUAAACAAAUAGAGACGUGGAUUAACAUAAUAUUGACCAAUUGUGAACGUUGUAAAAUAUGGGUGAUGAGUAAAAAUGGUGAUAUGAAAUUGAUUAAUAAAGAUACAGAAUUAAUCGAAACCAUAAAUAUUUUCCAAAAUUCAAAGAUUAAUAGAUCUUGUUCACAAAUUUUUGUUAACGAAAUUUUAUUAACUAUGAAAAGACAGAACCAAAUAUUAAACAAAGAUGGCAAACCACCAACGAUAUUGAAUACGAAUACUACAGUUGAAAAUGAUGAUACAGUUUAUGAUGAUGACUUUUUCAUAAUGUGGAAAUCCUUAGACCAAUGGGCAAACGAAAUUUUAUAUUGGUUUGAAAGAACCACACAAUUAAAUAAAGUUGUAACAUUUUAUGAAAUUGUGUCAAAUGAAGAAAAUUCAGAAGAAUCAUUUUAUUCGAUGCCUGAAUCUUUACUUUAUCAAGUUUUGAAAAUAUUAGUCAAAAGAGGUAGAGCCACAAUGUUAAAAGAUGACUCAAAGUAUGUGGCUAUCAAAGUUGUAUAA